AUGACACAACAACAACAUCCAAAGACCGGCCACGAACCUCUCGAAGCCCAGCUCUCAUUGGGCAUUCAUAGCGCAGAAUAUGAAAGCCUCAACGUCCCCAGACUGCAAAUGGGUCCCGGUUACGACUACAACCGCUUCACUCCAGACCCUGACGACGUCUUCAAUGAAAGCGCUCGGCUUUUCAAGGACGUCCAAGGCUUACUCCCGAAAGACGAAAACUCAACUUACCAUAACCACCUGGUUGGUUUCGUGGUACAGAUGAUAUGCACUAGCAACGCCCUCGAAAACGCUGGCGCGAGCUACGAAGUAACGAACGAACUCUGCCGCGAAAUCCUUACUGGCCAAUGCCCGGAAGGGCCUGCUGACAUUGAGAAAGACGGCUAUCAAUAA